AACAAACAAACAUGGCAGAUUCUUAAAGGUAAAAUAGAUCUAGAUUUGAUGGGAGGAAUCCCACCCACGGGAUCAAGCUCCCACCAUUUCCUUCACCAUUUCCCUGAAAGAACCUUCUGUGUCCAAGCUAACCUAUCAAGGAAGAACACCCAGAAAAUGCAGCUCCAAGUAACAGUCGCUCCUUUGAUGAUUUCCUCUCCCAACCGCCACUUCCCUCAAACAAAAAUCCUUCUUUUCUGCCGCCGUUCUCAAUAUCCAGCUCAGACAAAAGACCCCUCCUUUUUUUUUUCGAAACCCAGAGCAAUGAAACCCGAAAGAAUUCCCAAAAUCAAACCCCAAAAUCAACCAAAAACCCACGCUCCUUUACUCUGCUUUUGCCCUAUAUAUAUACCCAAACAACAAAAUAAAAUAAAAAUGAAAAAACAAUCACUAAUGAUGCCAAUUUUGUCUGGCAUGUGCUGUUUUUUUCUGUAGGUGAGGUAGGGGCAGGGCUGUAGCAAGCAAGAGUGCAGAGGCGCGAGAUUGGGGCGCAAAGUGCAGGAGGUGCGGCAGAGUGCAGGCUGGGGUGCAGCAGGGCAAGCACGGGCGUAGCAGGAUGCAGCAGAGGCGCAGGCGCAGAGUGCAGGCGAUCUGGGCACAGCAAAAUGCAGGCUGGGGUGCAGCAGGGCAAGCAGGAGCGCAGCAGGGGUACAGGCGUGCAGGGGGUAGGGCGCGAUGCAACAGGGCGCAAGCUCGGGUGCAGCAAGGCGCAGGCUCUGGUGCAGCAGGGCGCAGGCUCGGGUGCAGCAAGGCGCAGGCGCGGGCUCAACAGGGUGUAGGCCCAGGCGCAGGCGCAGGUGCAGCAAGCAAGGGGGCGCAGCAGGGCUUGAUCGCGUUUGAUGGCUGCUGGCUGAAAGGAAGGUUCGGGGGAUCAGAGAGAAAACGCUGAAAGUGGAGGUGAGGAAGAAGUUUCCAGAUCCACUUUUCUUUCUUUUUUUUUUGGGUUUUUGGGUUUGGGUUUUGGGUAGUGGAUGGGCUUUGAGUUUUGGAUUUUUAGUGGGCUCAAUUGAAAUGGGUUGGUGUUGGGUUUGCAAAUUUGAUGAAUUUCACCCUCAAACUUUUGAUUCCUUCAACUGAGUCCUUUCUCGAGUUUCUUUUCUUCAUUUUCUUCUUGAGUUUCUUCUUUUUGCAUGUAGCACCUGAAAGAAAAAUGAAGAUAUAUUAGUUAA